AUGUCUCUCUUGCUUGCUGGCUGCACCUCGUGGGAGCAAUCUGGAAGGAAUCCCAAGAAGGGCGAAACUCCUUCGGGUGAAAAUCUCAACGUCCCUACCGUCUUCGCCCCAGCCUUGAAACUGAAAUUCGAUUCGAUCUUCACCGGGCCCUCAUCUACUCAUUGUAUCGCACUCACAAGCGACGGGUCCUGCUACAGCUUCGGCAGGAAUGAGACAGGUCAGUUGGGUCAAGGAGACAAGUCCAACAGGAGCUCGCCUACUCUGAUCAAAGCUCUGGAGAAUGAGACUGUUGUAAAUAUUGCUGUCGGAAAGACUCACACGAUCUUCCUUGGAGAUGCGGGGCAAGUUUGGUGCUGUGGAACGAACAAGUUUGGUGAGUGUGGAAUUGGAAGAACCUCUGAGGUGGAAGACAAGCCGAAGCCCGUCAACUUCGGAAGCAAGAUCGUUCACGCGGGAGCGGGAGCCGAGUUCUCCAUUGCCGUGAAUGAGGAAGGCAAAGUGUUUUCGUUCGGACAUCCCGAGUAUGGUGCGCUUGGCCAUGGAACGGAUGGUCGUUUCAUCAUCGCUACGGGCCGUCAGGGCUUCCGCGAAGUCUCUACUCCUACCCAGAUCACUCAGUGGCAUCUCUCUGAUAGCAAAGGCAAAGAAUUUUUGGGUGCCAUUGUGGAACCGCCAGUGAUCCAGCGGGUUUACUGUGGGAACAAGCACACGCUUGCUGUAGGGGAUGAUGGCUCCUUGUGGGCAUGGGGUUACAACGGAUAUGGUCGUCUAGGACUGAACGACCCGCACGAUCGAAAACGUCCAUGCAAGGUCGAGUUUUUCCAGGGUCCCCAUGCCAUCAAGAACCCGGACUUGGUCGUAGCAGGCGGGGCUUCAUCCGGAGCAGUCGAUGGCAUCGGCCAGUUGUACACUUGGGGGCAGAUUAAGAAGGUCGGAGAGUCGCAGGUUCGCCCGCAUGCUGAGCACAACCUGGGAGGAUGGCGCGUGCGUUCGUUGUCAUUUGGAAACGAAUCUUUUGCGAUCUCUUGCGAUGGAAACAAGGAGCCUCGCCGACCAUGGGUCGAAGGCUGCGAGUCGAUUCCACAUGUCAUCACAUGGGGGACGAGCAAGUAUGGCGAACUUGGGUAUGGCGGAAGCAAGAAGUCGAGCGCGAACCCCGACAUAGUCUCAAGCUUGACUGGCUUCACAGUGAAGAAGGUUGCUGCAGGUGUGGGCCACACUUGCUUUCUGCUGGACAAGGACGUCGACGAGUCUUCCUUUCCUGUGUAUGAUCCUCCCGCUGACGAGCCGUCAAGUGGGAAACGAGGGGCAGGAGCAGCGAAGGGGGCAGCGGCAGCGAAGAAAGCCAAGAAGAAGAAGUGA